UCCUGAUGAUCUCCGGAGUUCACUGUCAGCUCAGUGUGUCCGUCACUGCUUUGUUUUGGACGUUGACUGUGUGAAUUCCCACAUGAGAGGCAGCACGUGAAGGCACCACAAGUUGAGCAGCUCUCAGUUAUCGCGGACUGAUGAUCCAGCUGCUGUGCGCGCGCGCGUGUGUAUCUAUAUGUGUGUGUGUGUGUGUGAGAAAGUGUAUGUGAUAGUGUGUGCGCGCGCUGACAUGGAAACAACUGUGGUUCCCUGUUGAAACCGGACACAUUCCGGUGUUUCACGGCGGCGGCACCGGGGGGAACCGCGCAACGCAGCGACCGAAGAAAACUUCUCCCACCGCCGCACUCAUGUGAUCGGAGCCAUGUCCAAGAGCCUGAAGAGGAGGAAGAACCACUGGACCAGCAAAGUCCACGAGAGCGUCCUCUGCAGGGACGAGCAGGGGCGGCUGGGGCUGGAGCUGCAGGGCGGCGCGGAGCAUGGACUCUUCCCCGUCGUCGGCGAGCUCCCCCCGGGCAGCGCGGCGUGCCACAGCGGCAAACUGCUCCAGGACGAGCUGCUGCUGGAAGUCAACGACACCCCGGUGGCGGGACUCACCACCAGGGACGUGCACGCUGUGGUCAAACACAGCAAAGACCCGGUGCGACUCAAGUGCGUCAAACAAGGUGAGACCCCCGCGGGCAACUUUCCCCGCGUGUCCCUUACUCCUCGUCCCCGGCAGUUUCCUCCGGUGUCCGGGGAAAAGCAUAACUUUUACGGCACCCCGAAGCCUCCGGCCGAGCCCAGCGCUCUGCUGCUCAAUGUAACGGACCAGCUGCUGCCGGGCGCCAGACCCAGCUCCGAGGGCAAGAGGAAGCGGAACAAGUCGGUCAGCAACAUGGAGAAAGCCAGCAUCGAGCCCCCCGAGGAGGAGGAGGAGGAGAGACCAGUCGUCAACGGCAACGGCAUCGCUCUCACCCCAGAGUCCAGCGAGCAUGAGGACAAGAGCACAGACGCUUCAGGGGACAUCGCCCCGCAGAACAACCCAGCGGAGGCGUCCACCGAGCCGCCCAAAGACGACGGACAGUCGCCAAAGAUAACAGUACCCAAGCUAGAGGAGAACGACGAGCUCGGGCCCCUGCCAGACAACUGGGAGAUGGCGUACACAGAGAAAGGAGAAGUCUACUUCAUAGACCACAACACCAAGACAACAUCGUGGCUGGACCCGAGGCUCGCCAAGAAGGCAAAGCCGCCCGAGGAAUGCAAAGAGGACGAGCUUCCAUACGGCUGGGAGAAAAUCGAUGACCCCAUUUACGGCAGCUACUAUGUCGAUCAUAUAAACAGAAGGACCCAGUUUGAGAACCCAGUCCUGGAGGCCAAGAGGAGACUCCAGCAGCAGCAGCAGAUGCAAAGCCAGGGUCUGUCCUCACUGCCCCUCCCCACCAUCUACAGAGAGAAGCCGCUGUUCACGCGGGACCCCACUCAGCUGAAAGGCAGCUUCUUGUCCACGUCGCUCCAAAAGAGCAACAUGGGCUUCGGCUUCACGAUCAUCGGAGGCGAUGAGCCCGAUGAAUUCCUCCAGGUCAAGAGCGUCAUCCCCGACGGGCCGGCCGCAGCUGACGGGAAGAUGGCCACAG